CUAUUUGGUUUAGUUACGGACUUGUUACUGGGAUGAGAUAACUUUGCCCCGAACUGCCCGCACCUUUACGCCGCUUGGCAACAUUCCGGCAAGUAAAUCGUGUGGGGUUACCUACUAUUACUACUACUAGUCGCGCGACUAUAUCAUUUCAAGGGUCCUAUUAUGACACCAGACGGAAUAGUAAUGGCCUUGCCCCUCACUGAUACAAGCUCGCAGGCUCGACCAUCAACUUGGUUGUUUAAAGCUAGGUUGAAGUUUUUUCCGUGUAUGAUAUUGUUGUUUUAGAUUUCCAGUGAAUCUCUUUUCGUCUUCUACUUAUAAGUUAUUGUUGUUACCUCUGUCUGGUUUAACUUAAGUCUUAGAGUACUACCUCUCCUAGCUCAGCUUCUUAAUACCCAUCUGUCGUAGCCGAAUCCCACGUUGCACGACAUCAUGUCUCUUCCUAAUGGCGUGUACCGCGCCGAUCAGGUCGGCUCUUUUCUGAGACCAAAACCGCUUCUUGAGGCACGCGAACAGGCUGCUGAAGGCAAGCUGAAGGUCGAACAGCUGAGGGAGCUAGAAGACAAAUACGUCGCUGAUGUCGUCGACAAGCAGCUUACUGCUGGACUACGGGCUAUCACAGAUGGAGAGUUCAGACGGCAAUGGUUUCACGUUGAUUUCUUGCGAAAUCUUAGCGGAAUAGAGCUUCGUGGUGCUCUACAGUCUACCAAUGUCAGCGUAGGAGGUACCAUGCCUCCACGACUCGUCGUCGUCGACAAGAUUGGCCACCCGAAGCCAAUUCAAGUCGACGAUUACAAGUACCUCGAGUCUCGGAUCGCGGCAGCUGGUGCUAAGGCCACGCCGAAAGUCUGCAUUCCGUCGCCGACCAUGAUUCACUUCCGCAACACACGCGAGACUAUCGAUGAGAAGGCUUAUCCGACACUGGAUCCCUUCUUCGAGGACCUCGCGCGUGUAUAUCAGGAGGAGUUAGAUGACCUCUACAAAGCUGGUGCUCGCUUCGUACAGCUCGACGACACUAACUUGGCCUAUCUGUGCGAUCCUAAGAUGCGUGCUGAGGCCGAGGAGCGACACGGCGAUGCCAACCGCCUUGCUCGUCAAUACGCCGCACUUAUUAACGCAGCUAUCUCAAAGCGUCCCGCCGAUUUGACUAUCGGAAUACAUCUAUGCCGCGGUAACCACCGCUCGCAAUGGUUCGCGCAGGGCGGAUAUGAACCCGUGGCUGAAGUUCUAUUCAAGGACCUGAACGUGGAUGCCUACUUCCUCGAGUACGACGAUGCGCGAUCAGGCGAUUUUUCGCCGCUCCGCCACCUACCCGAGAACAAGAUCGUCGUCCUUGGUGUCAUGACAAGCAAGAAGGCCGCCCUCGAAGACAAGGCCGAGGUCAUUAAGCGCCUCAACGAAGCUGCUUCGUUCUGCCCCAAGGGCCUGAAGCAACUCUGCCUCAGCCAUCAGUGCGGCUUUAGCUCGACGUCUGAGGGUAAUGACCUCACCGAAGAAGAACAAUGGGCCAAGGUUAAGCUGGAGGUGGAGAUUGCUAAGGAAGUCUGGGGAGAUGAUCUGUCCAUCUAACAAGACACGUAUAACAA